CAGAAGGCCAGGCCUUGCUGCAAGCGGAGCUAGACAGCCUGAGAAUCAAACUGAGUGCCGCCACCAAGGAGGCCUGAGAGAAGAACUCUCAACUCCAGCGGCUACAUGAAGAGCAUCAAGCACAAGGGAGCCAGAGAGAGCGAGAGUGACUGUGCUGGAGAGCCAGCUGGACCAGCAACAUGAGGAGCUGCACAGCGCCACCCUCGGGUGUGUGCAGCAUGAGCAAGCAGUGACAGAGCUGCGGGAGGACAGACAGAGGCUGGAACAGCUGUGUGGAGAGCUGGAGGGGGAGGCUGGGCAACUGCAGGCACAGCUGGAUCAGCAAGCCAGAAAUCCCAUGAUAAAUGAGAAACCAAUCUCAUUUUAAAUGGGAAACCAGGAUUUUCUGUACACAACCUAGUAUCUGUGAGUCUUGAAGUCUGAUUUGGUGUCUCUGAUGGUAUCUGGUUUUGGCGAGUAUACUGUAUGAACCUGAUGAUUUUAUGUUUUUGUUUUUACUGCAGUUAAAGCAGAGAAGAGUGAUUGAGAAGUUGACGAAGUAACAGAAGAGCCUGCAGGACAAAGUUAAAGCUUCCGAACACAAGGUGUUUGUCAAGCUCCUAUUGAUUUUGUGCUGUGCACUGUUUGAAAGCUGUCCCUGCGGAUCUGUUGCUGUGGUUGAGAACUUAUUUUUGGUAGCAGUGGUGGGAUGUCUACCCCCCCAGGGGAUUUGAAAGUAGGAGAGUCUGUAAUACAGGGGUCGAUAGGGAGAGGGAAAUGUAACAACUAAUAUAUGGAACUCCUACCAGCUUGGAUAAAAUCAGGCGCUUGAGGGUCAUGAGUUUAAAUCUCUCUUGCAAGUAGUGGACCUCUUACAGAUGACUAAACAGAUGUUUUAGUGGAUUGAGUAACGCCUGUGUUAUUUCCAUUUAUUGGCAACAUUCAUCAAAUGUUCCACAGGUUCUAUAUAUGUAUUUUAAAUUUGACGCAUUUUGCCAACAACGGCAUUCUCAGAGUGUGUGGACCUAUGUCUGAAAAGGGAAAGGCUGUUUCUGCUCUAUGUGCAGUUGUUCUGGGAAGGUGACGCUACUGCAGAGGCAGCUGGACACAGCGGGCCGGGCCCAAGAGGAGGAGAGCAGCGAGCGGUACUGGGAACUGUGGGAGUGGAAGGAGCGACAAAGGGAGGCCAACCAGGAGUUAGCCCUCCGAGACGAGGCGCUGGGAGAGCUGCGAGCUGAGCUAGCAGAGACCCAGCGCGCUCGGGGCACCGCUGAGAGGAGAGCAUGGCUUCAGGAGGACACAGCCAGGAGCCUGGAGGCUGAGAGCAAGAGCCUGCAGGCCAAACUGGGAGAGCUACAGGCCAAGGUGGCUCGCACCACAUAAAACACAGACCUGCCCAGAGAACCCCCACAGACUAAAGAACCAGAAUUUCAAUUGUGCCUCAAACCUGCUUGGCCAAGGGGUUAUUGAUUGGUCAUUAGGCAGUAGGGACCAUUAAUGUGACCAAGAGGUUAGACAAUGUAUUCUGAGUUUCCACCCACCGUGCUCUUGAUCCCUGCUCCCUUAGCUGUCUCAGAGAGAGGAGAGUCUGACUGCCUCAGGUCUGGAAUCAAGCUCACUGAGAGGGAGGCUGCAAACUCAGCUUCACGAGAUAGAGGCUCUCCGGAAUCAACUGCACAGCUCCCAGGAUGCACUGCAGCAUGUCACCAAGGAGAGAGGUAGACGAGCAGCUGGUGCAGGAGGAGCAGAGCACUGCCAGAGUGAAGGCAGAGCUGUGUGAAGCAGGAGAGGAGCAAGACAGGCUGUCAAAGCGGAUAUCACAACAGACUGCAGAGAAACAGAGGCUGCAUGCAGAACUGGAGGUGCUCACUGAGAAACACAGGGCUGCACAGCAGCAGCAGGAGGGACCAGACAGUUUUGAAACUCACAACAGAACUGAAAACAGUCAAGGAGAAGUUGACGGCAUCACAAGAUGAGCUGGGAGUGCAGGUUUCGGAGGUGCAGAGUCUGACAGGGAAGCUGAGAGCAUUGCAGAGUGAUCUCAGGAGCCUACAGGAUAUCCUGAGUGAGAGAGAGACAGCCAUGAGCGAGCAGAGAGUAACCCAUGUUCAACAAGAGAGGCAACUCCUGAUUCAGCAGACCGAGUGCCAGGAGGGGGCGCUGUCUCAGCUGUGCAGUGAGCUGCGGUGCUGCCAGUCUCAGCGGGAGGAGGAGGUCCAGCUGCUGGAAGCGGAGGUGUCUCGUCUGCAGGCCGAGUUGGACUUGUGUAGUCAAGAGCAGCAAGACACAAUGACCCGACUGCAGCAGUACCGGGCCACUGUGGAGAUGCUCAGCUCUGACCUGGAGGUGGCCCAUCGGCUGCAGCUGGAGGUGGGGGAGGAGGUGGCGCAGUGUGAGUCCCGCUUGCGUGCUCAGGAUUUGGAGGUGGUGCGGCUGCGUGGCAGCCUGCAGGAGGCGGAGUCUCAGUGCGCAGCGGCUGAGGCGCACGGUCAAUCCCUCUCAGAUUCGCUGGAUGUUUACAAGCAGAAGUACCAGGCGUGUCUGAGCAAGGUGUCCUCACUGGAGAGUGGGCUGCAGAGCAGGGAGGUGGAGCUGCGGGAGGCCAGCGCACAGGUGUCAGAGGCUGACAAUGAGAUUCUGCGGCUACGCGCCGAGGCCGUGGUCUUGCAGAGGGAUAUGGAGUCACGCUCUGUCCAGCUGGAGAGUGGUGAUGAGGCCAUCGAGACAUUGAGCCAGGAGCUGAGAGAGACGCAGAGUGAGCUGGAGAGCAGCCGGAAACACGCAAGAGAGUGCGAGGAAGUGAUCUCUACACUGAGAGAAAGGACUGCGGCGCUGCACGCACGGGCAGAGGAGCAGGAGGAAGCCGCAGUGAAGGUCCAGGCUGAUUUCUCAGUGUACCGUGCAACACACACACGCUCUGACUCCGAGUACGACACACAGCUUUCACACAUCGAGCAGCUCAACCAGGAGCUGUCCUGCGCGCUGGAGCAGUGCAGUGAGCGUGCUCAGCAGGUGUCUGAUUACCAGGGACUGGUCCAGGAGCUGAAGGAAGAGGUCAGCAGGGUCUCUGAGCAGAGGACCAGCAGCAUGAGAGAGGUGCUCAGGCUGGAGGAGGUUGUGAGGCAGCUACAGGGAGAGGUGGGAGGCGAGGCUCAGAGGAGGCAGGGGGAGGUGAUGGUGCUGGAGCAUCAAGUCUCGAGACUAGAAGACGACCUCAGGGAGGCACAAAGACUGUGUGCUCAGAAAGAGCAGGCUAUCCAGAAGGGACACGACCUCUUGAGGAAGUCUGAGACGAACUUACUGGAGGCUCGUGAUGCAGUCCGAGAGAAGGCAGUGGAGGCUGAGAGGCAGGCGACGGCGGCACGCAGCCUCGAGUCAGAUGUGCAGAGAUUGCAGCGCGAGACCCGAAAGAAAGAGAACGGGAGCGCCGCCCUACAGGCCGAACUGCAUCAGAUCAAAGAAGAGCUAAAGGAGGCACAAGCGCAGUACCGGGAGACAGCCCAGGAGCUGGCCCAGCAUGAGGAGAAGGUGGUCCUGGUGGAGGGUGGCCAGCAGAGGGCGCAGGAGCAGUUGGGGGAGCGCGUGGCGGAGGUGGUGCGUCUGGAGCAGGGGGAGCGGAGACUGCAGUCCGAGCUGCGCGGGCUCUGGGAGCGAGUCGCCAGUGCAGACCAGGAGAUUGAAGGAUCCAGGAGUCUGAUUGAGAAGCUCAAGGCCGAGGUCACUCAGAGCAAGCAGAGCCACCAGAGCGCACUGCAGGAGGGGCUGAGGCACCAGCAGGAGGCGCAGCGCUACGAGAUGGAGCUUGGCAGCAGCAAGGAGCAGAUCAGAACCUUGCAGCUCCAGCUGCAGGAGCAGGCAGAGAUGAGCCGUCGUCUUCGGACAGAGUUGAGCCAGGAGCAGGCUCAGCAACAGGACCAGCAGAAGCGCCUGGAGAGCGGGCGAGAGCGAGUGAACGGGCUGGAGAGAGAGAACGAGGUGCUCCGAGCCAGGCUGCACUCCACAGAGCAGCUGCUAAAGAAUAAGGAGAAGCAGAUCUCCAGUUUACAGGACAGUGUUUCCGAGCUCCACAGCGCCUCCCAGCAGCUGCGAGAGGAACAUGCUGCUUGCCAGUCACAGCUACAGCUUUCGAAGAGAGACCUGGAGGAGGCACAGAGUCAGAGCAAGAGGCACUGUGAAGAGGUGAGGCGAGGAGAGAUGUUGAGACAGGAGCUCACGGAAGAGCUGAGCGAGCGGAGUCGGGAGGUGGCGAGCCUGCGCAAUAAGCUUGUCCGUUCCCAGCAGCGCAGUGCUCAGCUCGAGCAGGAGAACGCUGCAUACGAGGAGCGAAUGAGGCGUCUCAAUGGGGAGCUGAAGAGACUGCAGAGCCUGAGCCAACACACACACGAUGAGGCCCAAGCAUACGAGAGCAAGCUGUCGGAGCUCAGUGCCCAGCUAGCAGUCAUGCAGAGGAGGGGGCAGGAGCAGCUGGCAGCGCUGGAGUCGAGAGACGAGGAGACAGUGAUUCUCAAAGUGGAACUGGCAUCCCUCAGGGAGAAAUACCACACCUCAGUCCAGGAGGGAGAUGUCUUACACUCAGAGCUGAACAUGUUAAAGCACAAGUACAUGACUACCGCCAAUGAGGUGGAGGUGCUGCAGUGCUCUCUGGGUGCAGCACGCUCGGACAGCUCCCGUCUUCAUCAGGAGAGCGAGCUGGUUGUGUCUAAUGUCAACCAGUGGGUGAAGGAGCAGAAGCAAGGCAAUGAGAAACUGGGGACAAAGAUAAAGGAGCAAAACAAACAGAUAGUCCACCUGACAGCUGAAAAGGACCACCUAACAGAGAUGAUUGACAACCUGCAGAGAGAGAACAAGAAGCUCAAGACAGAGCUGGAUGAGCAGAGGAUCGAGAUUGAGAGGGUUCGAGCUCUCCAUGCAAGCCAAUCAGAACACCUUGCUGUCAUGACGCGACUACGCAGCCAGCUGCAUAACCCGGAACCUCUAUCCUCUGCAAGUCCAGCCCUAAACAACAGUUGGAACCUAAAGAAGAAGAGGCAUCUUACUGCCAACCUAAACUGCAGUUAGACAAUCCAAGAGAGGCAGUUGAGAACUGGACAUCCAGGCUUCGGCCCAGCCUAGGCCACAUUGGUCACAAGACUCCACUAUACAAAGGACUUGCCAAGCACUGAGACCCUCAGACCUCACAGCCUCCAGAAGUUUAAAACCUGCAAUGAGAUAUACUGGCUGAGUGCAGGACCUCACAUCUCACCUGCAGAAUACGAAACAAUACUGGACAAAGGGUCAAAGACCUCAACAGAAUACCACCCGAUGCAGGAUCCCAGUGGGGACACAAAACUCAUGUCUUGCAUGCUGUUUAAUGCCUUGAGAUGUGCUGACUGCUAAGGAUUCUUACUACCAUGACUCCUUUGCACCGACACAGGAAAGAAUUAGACGACUCUGCCAAAGCUUGACUGUUGUUUAUGCACCUUGAAAGUCUAGUUGUAUUUUGAAAUCUCUUUACUUCUCUAGGAGUGCUAUAUAAACUUGUUUUACUCAUAAGUGGUGGUCUAACUAUAAAGAAAACAGAUGAUAGAUUUUUAAUGUUUCUUAAAAAAUAAAAAAAUAAAAAUAAAAAGUCCCUUGUAGGCUGGUAUAUAAUCUUUCAAAUGAACAUUGUGUUCUAAACAUCGUACUAAACGAUACAAGCUGUUAUUGCAAUUAAAAACAAACAGAUUUAUGUUACAAGAUAACUUUUUUUUUUUUAAAUUUGAACCUAUACUCCACCAGUAAAAGCCACAGCUAGAUUUUGUUACAGCAUUUUACACACCAGGAAAUCGACCUGGAUUGUAUUUACUGUGCCAUCUACAGUAAUCAUUGGAUAACCAUGGAUAGGUGGAUUAUGCAAUCUUGGGUGAAUACCCAGUGCAGUAAGAAAAAGAAAAAAAAAAAUCCAGCUACGAUUUAUCCUGAAGGCACACAUCUUGGUCUUUAAAUUAACCUUCCGGAUUGUUUGUUACUUGCAGUUUGCACAAAAGUCAGACCCCAAAUCCCUUUAGAAAAAGGAUCAAAGUCAGAGGAAAUACUCGUUUCAAUACUGUAAAGCACCUAAAGCAAAACCAUCAUGAUGUAGGACUGUAGAUUUCUGGUCAAUUUUAAUAGGAUUAUGGCUUGAAAAUAUAUAGAAAUUAGCAGAGGCAGUUAUAACACGACUGUUUGCCUCUCAUUUAAUACAGUUGCUUGGUUUUGAACAAAUAACAGUCAAAUCAAUUGGCAACGCCUUGGGCUCUCACCUUUCACACCCAGUAGUUUUGUACAGGUUCGCUAUACCAUGCAUUAGUUACAGUGGUUUUAAAGGGACACCCAGAUGCAGGGGGACACACUGAAAGUAUUAGAAUUAGACACCUCUAGUGGUAAAGGGAUGUUAGCAAAACACAGCACAAUGUGUUCAAUAAGAAUGGUAACGCUGAUUACUUCAAUACCUGUAGACGGUUUCCUUUAGCAGCUACUACGUGACUUGGGUGUAGAUGUCCAAGCCAUGGAUAGUGGCAGUCCCAGCUUUCUCCAAUGUGUCUGCUGUAAGGAAACUGUAAAGUAAUGUGAUUUGCAGUAAUAUACUGAUAGAGCACACUGGAUUAGCUUGUUUGAAAGGAAAUGUCUUUUGCAUCCAAUUAGGUACCCCAUGGAAAGUCUUUAAUUUUUUUUUUUAGUCUUUAAGUGAGUCUGAUUGUAUAUUUGUGUUUGUUUUUUUUUUAAGAAAUUGUAAAUAUAAUUAUUUUAAAGAAUAAUGUGA